AUGGCACUGGAAGCGAAAUCCUCCCUGCAGCGGGUCGUUUCAAGACCUGAAGUUAAGAAAUUUCCAUUCUUUCAUCCGUUUUCGAGAAGAUUACAUAUCUGUUUGCUUUGUAUGGCCGGUUUCUGUUGUACAACAUUCAUGAGAAUGCACAUUGCAAUCACCAUGACCUGUAUGAUCAAUUCAACUGCAUUGGUUUAUGAAAGUGAAUCAGCGAUCGUUGACAACUCAUCGUCUAUUUUUGAAGAGGUUGAAUUGGUUUCCAAUGGAGCGUGCUCUGCAAAUAAUGACAAUCAUAAGAAGGUGGUGGUGGAUUAUGGAGGUCAACUGGUGUGGAACAGCCAAGAACAGAAUCUAAUCUUCUCCGGAACAUUCUGGGGAUCCAUCAUCACUGUGCUCCCAUCAAUGUUCUUCAUCAACCGCUAUUCUCCAAGAUAUGUUCUGCAAGCGGCAGUUGGUUGUUACAUUCUGAUGACAGCCAUCACACCAUACAUUGCCACUCAUUUUGGACCAUAUCCAGUAUUCAUUUCAAGAGUUAUCAUGGGAUUGGGAGAGGGUUUCAUCCUACCAGCCAACAAUGCAAUUCUAGCCAAUUGGUUCCCAAGUGCCGAGAGAAGUACAGCCAUAUCUCUUUUUACAACUGGAAACCAGAUGGCUGGAGCAGGUGGAAAUCCAGUGGCCGCGUCGUUAUGUGCUUCUUCAUUUGGGUGGCCUUCAAUCUUUUACUUUGCUAGCAUUGUAUCCACAAUAUGGUCAGUCUGCUGGUUCCUUACUGCUUCCAAUCAGCCAUCAAAAUGCAAAGUCAUGACAAAAACAGAGAAGGAGUAUCUAGAAGCAAAUGUUGUCCGGAGAUCUAACAAGACUAAUCGCUCCUUGGUUGUUCCAUACUCCAAAAUCUUGAAAUCUCCGGCUUUCCUUGCCCAACUUUUAUGCCAGUUUGUGAUUAACUCAAUUGUGACACUUCUCCAAAUCUAUCUUCCAAACUAUUUCAAGAAUGUUCUCCAUUUGGGAGUUAUUGCGAACGGAACUUACACAUCUGUCCCGAAUAUUGUGAAUUUUGCACUGAAAAUUGUUUGGGGAAUUGCUAUUGAUAAAGCAAAGGAGAAAAAGAAAAUCAGUGGAACGUUUGCUGUGAAACUGUCACAGUCUAUUGCCAAUUUCGGUGGUGCCAUUUUCAUGAUUCUCAUAACAUUCUACGUGGAUUGUACCAAUCCUCAACUCGGAUUUUUCUUUUUCUGUAUGAUGUAUUGCUGCAUGGGAACACUUGUCUCUGGAUUCUACACAUCGCUCCUCUCCCUGGCUCCUAAAUACACUGCCACCAUGUCUUCGAUAUCUGUUUUUUGUGCUAUGCUGGGCAGAUUAUCCACUCCUGCUAUUGUUGGAUUAAUCAAGAAAAAUAACACUCUUUCCGAAUGGCAGUCGUUGUUCUUGGUUUGUGCAGGUGCAAAUAUUGUUUGUGGAGCAGUGUUUUUGAUUUUUGGAUCAGGAGAACUUCAAGAAUGGGGCGAAGAAGACCAGGAGAAGGAGAUGAAGCCGUUCGGCGAGAAGACUCCGCUGGCAAGCAUUCAGAAUCUUCCAGCCGAUUCUGAAGACGUUGACGUCUUCCAGUCAGCGUUGGAUAUUGACAUUCCUCAGAUUCAACUCAACGAAAUCACGCUAACCACAGAAGAACGACAGCGAUUCCAGAGAAGAAUCCGCGAAGAUUCCAUGUGUUUGUAG